UUUAAUUAAAACUUGAUUUCCAUUUUUGUAAUUCCGUUGAAUGAUUAAUCACUUUCGGAAAAUUCGAAAAAGGAAAAAGAACGGCACACAACCUCUGGCUGCAAAAGUCGCAAGUGGGGACCACUGAAAGGGUCAACAGCAAGAAAGGAAUUGACCAUUAUCCAAUCAUCAGCGUUAGUCAUACUGUAGCACUCUAUGGCACAACCAAUGCUGGUGCUGCCAUGGUCAAGUCUUUCUGGUUGCGAAUUCGAUGGCCCCUCACCUACGAACUCUUGCAAGAUACCAAUCGCACCUGGGUACCACGGGCAACCCCAAAACUGUCUCCCUGGCCCACUCACACUAAUGGCAGCAUCGCUGCUCUGAAACAAACUCAGGACGUAGGCAGCAACACACACAGCAACAACACAAAGCAUCAUGUCCAAUGAUGGAAACAAUGAUGACUCGGGACUUCCAUGGAUUGUCGAAGCAAUCAGGGGGCCAGUGAAGCUGGCCGCCUGGGAUCGAUUGACGGAUAAAUAUAUGCUAUUUGUUCAAACAACUGCAGCUGUUUUGGGCUUGGUGGGAGCUGGAGUAGCAAUCGGCAGAGCCUCUGCUCCUCUAAGAAAAGAAGUCUCGAUUUGGCGUCGCAUGCGAAGAGAAGUCAGCUUGGAUCACUUGGUCUUUCCCCGGCAUAUCCGUAUCAAUACGUGUCCUUACCGAUACCCACUGCCACAUCGGAGGGCACUGAUUUUGCAAGGGCCGGCAAGAUCAGGAACCACUUCCCUUCUUUUCAAGCAGAUACCCUUCUUUCGAGCCCUGUCCUUCAAUCCUUUUCGCUGGGACUGCCACUAUCUAGAUGGCAAGCAUGCCAAGAAUCGAAACAGCUUCGAAGAUUGGCUUACGGGGGAGCUUUUUGGGUCUACAUCCAAUGUUCAGACUGAGUUGGAACGAGGCAUUUCUCUUUACCGAAUGCAACAGCCCAUCCGAACAAUGCUCGAAAAACUAGGUUUGCCAAUUGGGCCCAAGCCGCUCUUUAUAUUGGUGGAUCAUUUUGAAACACCACUCCGACAAUUUCCAGACAAAGCACUGGCAUGGGCUGAUUCCCUCACAAAUUUGCACGUACACAAGAAUCUGGCCAGGGUUAUUUUCGUGGUGAGAUCAUCCAAAGCUGUAGCCUCGCUGCAAAAUUUGAGUGGAGAGAAUCGAUUCAGUCUCCUUACAAUCGAUUCCCCACCCGAAAGUGCAGUACCAGAUCGGUGUUUCCUCGAUUUUCGUUACUGGUACAACAACAAAUCCUUCAGUUACUUGGUCCCCUACGAUUCGGGCAUGAGACAGAGCAUUGAGGAGAACAGGGCACUUUAUCAGCAAUGUGAAAACAAUGUGGGCAUCUACCAAGCCGUCCAGGUUGCCGUGGCCCUGGGGGAAGUAGCAAAAGAGGAUAUCCAUAGCUAUAUCGAGCAAAUGCGUUCCCAUUUUGAAAGACACGACAACCUACCCCUCCCGUUCUGUAGACACGUUAGCUGGGCAACGGUUCCCGUACCAAUCGUUCGGCAUGAGCUUCGCUGUGGUGUCAUUCGAGUCUUAGUGCAGACCGGCGGCAGCAUUGACAGAAACAGAGACGACAUUGAAGCUAUCCUGUCCGUUUUAGACAUUGCCAUCGAGCGCUUGAAUAUUGUCAUGCUGACAGAGAUGUCAAUGCAUGCAUGGGUUGAACUCCUGACUAAUGACUUCGACUCCAGCCGGGGCUUGACACGUGUUCAAGCGACCUCUGCCGCGCUGGGGAUAUUCUUUACUUUGGGGCACCCUUGCCCAGCUGCGAACGUGUCCAACAUUUUGUCUCCAGACCCGCUAAAAGAGCUCAGCGAGAAGGGAACGGACCGCCAGGAUUAGGUCACUUUUUCCGAGGAGCUGUGCUUGAUGCCGAGUUGAUGUGAACCAGCGGAAAUUAGAAUGACCAUCGUGAUCGAGGAAACUCCGAAACACCCUACUGAGCACAGAAAACACCUGAUACCAUACCGGUACGGCGGCUUUUAGACUACUGAACUAGAACUGUAUGAAUACUACCUUUCCUC